GACGCGGGCAUCUCACAUCUGCACGCGCUCGUAAGGGAACGAAAGGGGAAUUGACAAAGUCUGAGCUUGUGAAGAACCAGUAGCUGUGCGGAACCUGGCAGAGCAAGCUCUUCCUGAGAAGACGAAGGGCCGGUAAAUUUUCCCCGCCAAGGAGGAGCAUCGGAAGCGAGAUAAAUGGAUAUGUACAUUCGUGUUAAGCGUAAUAAGACAACAUACUUCAUCCGGUGCAAGCCAUCUGACAAAAUUCUUGACAUAAAGCAGAACUUGGAAGAACUCAUUGAUAAGCCUGUUAAUAAUCAGCGGUUAAUCCUACCUGGUACAGGGGAAGUAUUAGAUGACUCAAAAACGCUGGCUGAACAAAAGGUUGAAAAUGAUGCUGUUGUAGCACUGACCUUGAGAAGAGAUGACAAUGAGUUUGAGGAGGUCAACAUUGUGAAGCCAAAUGAUUUCUACCCAUCACGGGAUUCAGAUGGUGCCAGUUGGUAGAAGCCAUAGUGCUGCAGCAGAAGGCUCACUCACUCUCAUACCUCACAUCACCAUCUAGCAGCUUUGUAUUAAUUAAGCCCAACCAUUAAACUAGUUUUUUGUUACUGUUUUAGGCGAAAACUUCAUGUGAUGAUCCAAAAGUACCAUCCAGUUAAUCCAAUCAAGGUGCCAUUUGUGAAGUUUCUUUGGUGCCUGUAGAGUUGAAAUACCGUCUUCCACCUCUUAAACCCGUUUGAUGUGAUUAACAAGUUUUUCUUUCUCUCUGGCCA